AUGAAGAGCCUACUCCUCACCAUCCUGCUGCUUGGGCUGGUGUCUGUCCUGAAGGCUCAGGAAGCCCCAUCAGAUGACCAGGAGGAUUUCUCUGGGAUAUGGUACAUAAAGGCCACAGUACGUGACAGGAAUCACACAGACAGUAAGAGACCUAUGAAAGUGUUCCCCAUGACCAUGACAGCCCUGGAAGGAGGGGACUUAGAGGUCCAGAUAACAUUCUGGAGGAAGAAUCAGUGUCACAUGAAAAAAAUUGUGAUGCAUAAAACUGAUGAGCCUCGCAAGUACACUGCCUUCAAAGGCAAGAAGGUCUUCUAUAUUCAAGAGAUUCCUGUAAAGGAUCACUACAUCUUCUACUGUGAAGGCCAGCACCAUGGGAAGUCACAUCGGAAGGGGAAACUCGUGGGGAGAGAUCCUAAGGAAAACCCAGAGGCCAUGGAAGAAUUCAAGAAAUUUGUAAAGAGCAAGGGAUUCAGAGAAGAAAACAUCUUUGUACCUGAGCAGUUGGAUCAAUGUGUGGCUGAGAGUGACUAG